GCGGCGCGGCGGCACAUGGAGGACGGCAAGUGGCGCAGUGUGAGUGAGGAGCAGCGGUGGCCGAGCCUGCGGGGCCUGACCCAGGCCGGGGGGGGCCGCCCGGGGCCGCGGCAGCACCAGGCGCUGCAGGAGCUGGUCAGGGCCCACGUGGACUCCUUCGACCAGGCGACCGGCGACGGGCUGGUGCGGGCGGCGCAGGCGAUUCCCCCACUGGAGUUCAACUUCAAAAAUGAACGUAUCUCUCUGGCGUUUGUGGAUGCUGUCAUCUCCCCUCCUAUGGUGCCUAAAGGCUGCAUCUGCAGUGACCUGAAAAUCUACCCAGCAGAGUGCAGAGGACGGCGGAGUACUUACAAGGGGAAGCUAACUGCAGACGUUAGUUGGUCAGUGAAUGGCUUACCCAAAGGGAUUAUUAAACAGAGCCUUGGUAUGAUCCCUAUCAUGGUUAAAUCCAAACUAUGUAACCUGCACGGCUUGUCUCCUCGAGGUCUCAUUAAACACCACGAAGAAGCAGAGGAAAUGGGGGGAUACUUCAUAAUAAAUGGCAUAGAAAAGAUCAUCAGAAUGCUCAUCAUGCCAAGACGCAAUUUCCCAAUUGCUAUGGUGAGGCCCAAGUGGAAGAAUAGAGGCCCUGGCUACACCCAGUACGGUGUCAGCAUGCGCUGUGUGAGAGAUGAACACACUGCCAUUAACAUGAACCUUCACUAUCUGGACAAUGGCAGUGUAAUGGUCAACUUCAUCUACCAGAAAGAACUCUUCUUCCUCCCUCUAUGCUUUGCACUCAAGGGGUUGGUUGAUUUCACGGAUUACCAGAUUUACCAGGAGUUAAUUAAAGGAAGAGAGGACAACUCCUUCUUCAAGAGCGCUGUGACGCAGAUGUUGAGACUGGUAGUGAUGGAGGGUUGCAACACCAAGAAGCAAGCAUUAAAUUACCUGGGAGAGAGGUUCAGUGUGAAGCUCCGCCUGCCAGACUGGUACACAAAUGAGCAAGCUGCAGAGUUCCUGUUUGACCAGUGCUUGUGCAUACACCUGAAGGCCAACGUGGAGAAAUUUUAUUUGCUUUGUCUGAUGACGCGGAAGCUGUUUACGUUCGCCAAGGAUGAAUGUCAGGAAGAAAAUCCCGACAGCUUGAUAAAUCAUGAAGUGCUGACGCCUGGGCAGCUCAUUUUAAUGUUUUUAAAGGAGAAAAUGACUUGGUGGUUACAAUCUAUAAAAUUUGCAAUGGACAAGAAGAAUCAAAAAGGAGCCUUUCCUAUGAAUUCAGAAAACUUGAUGAAAGCCUUAAGUAUGGUGGGAGAUCUAACCCGGCCAUUUGAGUAUCUUUUGGCUACUGGAAACUUGCACUCAAAAACAGGUCUGGGUAUGUUGCAGGAUUCUGGUUUGUGUGUUGUGGCAGACAAGCUGAAUUUCGUCCGUUACCUCUCUCAUUUCCGAUGCGUGCAUAGAGGGGCUGCUUUUGCUAAGAUGAGAACCACCUCUGUGCGUAAGUUACUCCCCGAGUCCUGGGGCUUCCUGUGCCCUGUGCACACUCCAGAUGGAGAGCCUUGUGGGCUGAUGAACCAUUUGACUGCCAUUUGCGAGAUUGUGACCCAGUCAUGGAGCACCGUCUCUCUGCCAGCUCUGCUUUGUGCCCUGGGUGUUACACCAGUGGAUGGCACGCCCAACAGUCCGUAUUCUGAGUGCUACUCAGUUCUUCUGGACGGCUCCGUUGUUGGGUGGGUGGAGAGAGAGAUGGGACCACACGUCGCGGAUACUCUGCGCACCUUCAAGGUUUUAAAAGAGAAGAAAGUCCCUCUAUGGAUUGAAAUUGUUCUGAUUCCAAUGACGGGUAAACCCAGUAUUUACCCAGGAUUGUAUCUCUUCACCACUCCUUGUCGGAUGAUACGACCUGUCAGAAACUUGGCCUUGGGAAAGGAAGAGCUCAUUGGCACCCUUGAACAGCUGUACAUGAAUAUUGCCAUCACAGAACAGGAUAUUGUGCCUGGAGGAACCACUCAUCAGGAGCUAUUUCCUCACAGUAUGCUGAGCGUAGUGGCGAACUUAAUUCCUUACUCUGAUCAUAACCAGAGUCCUAGGAACAUGUACCAGUGUCAGAUGGGAAAGCAAACAAUGGGAUUCCCAUUGCACAGCUACCUGUAUAGAUCCGACAACAAACUCUACCGUCUUCUCACUCCCCAGAGCCCUCUUGUCCGACCUUACAUGUAUGACUACUUUAACAUGGAUAACUAUCCCAUAGGCACUAAUGCUGUUGUAGCUGUCAUCUCGUACACAGGAUAUGACAUGGAAGAUGCUAUGAUCGUCAACAAAGCAUCUUGGGAGAGAGGAUUUGCCUAUGGAAGCGUUUAUAAGACUGAAUUGAUCAAUCUCGAUCAAAAAGUGACAGCUGGAGACUCUAAUUUGGUCUUCGGUGUCAAACCCGGCGACACACGAGUGGGACAGAAACUCGACGAGGACGGAUUGCCAGCGAUAGGAGCCGUGCUGGAGUACGGUGAUCCCUUCUAUAGUUACUUGAAUCUCAACACAGGGGAUAGCUUUGUGAUGUACUACAAGAGCAAAGAAAGUUGUGUUGUGGAUAACAUCAAAGUUUGCAGCAAUGAUAAUGGGACAGCAACUUUUAAACGUGUGUGCAUCACCUUGAGAAUCCCCCGUAACCCCACCAUUGGAGACAAGUUUGCUAGUCGCCACGGGCAAAAGGGCAUCUUGAGCCGACUGUGGCCAGCAGAGGACAUGCCGUUCACAGAGAGUGGUAUGAUGCCAGAUAUCCUGUUUAAUCCCCACGGAUUCCCUUCCCGUAUGACCAUAGGAAUGCUGAUAGAAAGCAUGGCAGGUAAAUCUGCUGCCAUGCAUGGCCUGUGUCACGAUGCCACACCAUUCACGUUCUCUGAGGAAAAUUCAGCCUUGGAGUACUUUGGGAAGAUGCUGCAGGCUUCCGGCUAUAACUUCUAUGGGACUGAAAGAAUGUACAGUGGGAUCAGUGGUGUGGAGCUGGAGGCAGACAUCUUCAUUGGAGUGGUUUACUACCAGCGCCUACGUCACAUGGUCUCUGACAAGUUCCAGGUUAGAACUACUGGAGCGAGAGAUAGGCUGACAAACCAGCCCGUUGGAGGGAGAAACGUCCAAGGUGGCAUCCGAUUUGGAGAGAUGGAGCGCGAUGCUCUACUAGCUCAUGGAACGUCCUUCUUACUUCAAGACCGCCUCUUCAAUUGCUCGGAUCGCUCCGUAGCACACGUCUGUAUUAAGUGUGGCAGCCUCCUGUCGCCAAUACUGGAAAAGCCCCCACCAUCGUGGUCUGCCACACGUCACAGGAAACAUCACUGCACUCUCUGUAAACAGUCUGACACUGUUGAGAUUAUUUCUGUGCCUUAUGUUUUCCGAUAUUUUGUGGCGGAACUUGCAGCGAUGAACAUUAAAAUUCGACUGGAUGUGAGCUAACCUACCAGGCUGGAAAGUCAGAUCAUUUCUAAUAUUUUUGAAUAUGAAUUUCACAGCUUAUUUUUUCUUGGGUGGGGGGAGAAAUGAAGCAUUUUAAUAAUGAAAGAGUGAAAUCCAGACUAAUGCUUGACAGAUAGUGCAGUGUGUUUUGCGGUAUUGAUUGUAUCCAUAGCUAGAUGUGGACUCUUGGGGGCAGCACAUACAUUAUUAGUAUAUCAUGAGCCUUUGGCCAAUGUGCAUACAAUUGCUUUUAUACCAAUCACAUGAUAAACCAAGGCUUUUUAAUUGUGAUAAUUUAAUUUUCUGUGCGACUAUUUUGUUUAAAUUUCAGUUUGAAAACCACUGCUUGCAUUCCCUAUUUUUAUUUAUAGACUUUGUACUGGAGAAUAUGCAGUAUUUUACAUGGUUGAAAUAAAUCACACUGUAUAAUUCA